AUGUGCGAUCCAUCUGUUGAGGGUAUCCUUCAGACGUCGGGCACAGAAGACGUGCGAUCCAUCUUACACCACCAGGAUUUGUGCAUGACCCCUGAGGACAGAAUUAAGCUGCUAUGGCAAGCUUUCUGUGUUGCUGCCUCUCCAAAGCAGGGGACGGUCAUCUGGCAUCGUACCAGAUGCAUAUCUAUUGUGCUACUGGAAGAGCUACUGCUGACUAGGUAUGGACCUGAUCAACUAGGAAUAAGCUGCGGCCGCACUUUGCUACUUCAGGACGCCGAUUUAGAAGCCUUUACUUGUCUCUUACAAUACGCGUUUCAAUAUCAGAAUAGCUCGGCUGUUAGGGCUGUUGUUUGCUGGGGGCUGUCUACAUUACCAAUUUACAUGCACAAAUCUCUGUGGGAAACCAUACUGGCACAUCUACCACAGAUCUGUCUCACUUGCCCGCUACUGUUGGUUUGGUACUGGCUUCUACACUGCUUUGAGUACAGCAAGACAAUAGGUAGCCUAUUUCUAAGGCGCCUUGACUCGCUAGCGGACUCGGGUGGGAUAGAUGCGGUUGAUUACUACCUACUUAAAUCUCUCACAUACACAGCUCUGCUUGCGAACCAGCCAAGCUUUCCCUUCAACAACUAUAUUCACAUUGUUAAUUUAUCAAAGGAGGCGCUGUUUCAAUCCGAUGGUGAGUUUAUUUUACAGAUUGUUAGCAAGCCAGUAAUAACUACACUCAUGCGCUAUCCAGACGGACCGUUUCGCUAUCUCGCAUUUCUAAAUAAGUUUGAAUACAUCAAAAGGUCCACUAAUCCUUGUCCCUUACUUUCUCAUGGUUUGACCAGUACUGGGAGUUCUGCGGAUGAUGACCCGCUUAAGCAUGCAGUCAACCAUCCUUUAGUACCCUCGAUACUUGCAUUGAUUCGUCAAGUAGUUGAACUAUACACCGAUCCGUAUUCGUUAUCGACAUCAGAUAGCAUAGAGGCUGCAUUGCAGGAAGCCGCUUUUUCUCCUGAACACAUCGGCUCAGCUCUUGUGGCCUUGAAGGCUAUGGAUUUAUUAUCAUCCAACUACAACAUCUCUAGCUUAACUGUUAAUAAUAAAUUUUGGAUCAAUCCCCUCUGUAGACCUUUAUGGAAAGCUUUGGACGAGGUCCAUCGGUAUCACAGCCUUAUCAAGCUACUUGUCAGCUUAAUGAACCAAAAAAUGGAGUGGAAGCGUCUCAAACCGUGGCUGGAUCUCUUUGCUUCUGUCGCUGGUGGCUUAUUGUUCGAUCAAUCACAAGCACAAAAGAGCAAUUGCAACGCUUCAUACAGAGCAGUUAACCUCAUAGAUAUGUUAGGUGCUUUUCACCCUGCUCUUCCUAUAGCUAGCUUAGUGUGUGCAACCUCACAAGUAUCCACGGAAAGCACUGCUCCACUGGUGGCAGGGCUUCAGACACUGAUCUCCUGUGGUUGGAUUUCUGUGUUUCUAAAGGAGGAGGCCUUUUCGCGCAGUUCUGGGUCAGCGCUAGAUGCUGCUGAUGAGCGCAGAUUUGUGACUGACACUCUGUGCUCCCUUCUGCUCCCUGUGUUGAGGCACCCAAUGUUCUAUAUGGGGCCCGAAAUGCAGCUAUUUGAUAGCCUCAUGGUUCAAAGACUUCUGAAAACACUCAUUCUUCAAGUGCAAUGGAGUGGAGCAAAUAAGCACGUGACUGAACUCAUCAAAGUAGCUAUUAUCAACGAGUGGCUGACAGAUAGUCAAUGGAAGGACAUUACUGCUCAUGCGUAUCAGGUGCUGCGGGCAGGGACAAACCUUUGGUCACUAAAGAGCGUACCCAUUCUGGAAAGCAUGAUGCAGGUUGGCCUAUUCAUAUCGGAUAUUCGUCCUAGCAAAAGGAAAGAGAUCAUAAACGACCUACUUGAUCAGAUAGCUCUGUGGUAUAGAGAGCUUCAGCCCGGCGAAACAAAUGCAGCUACAUUCAUAGCCACAGCAAUAAAGACGUGUCUUGCAAAGAUAGAGUCUAGCGAAGAAAAGGCUGAUAUGUGUCUCCGCAUCCUAUGCCGUGUUAAAGAGUUAAACGACGUCGCGCUUGCAGUAAUAGACGUCAUUCUCAGCUUAGAAAAGGUUGUAACUGCAUCGACACGUGAUAGAUUGGCACUAGCAUUGGAAAAGUACAGGAUCUAG